AUGGUUGAUUUAAUCAAUCAAAUUUAUUUCAAAAGUUAAAUUAUUAAUCACAAUUAAACUGUAUAUACUAUUACCUCAAAAUAUCCAAAAAAAUUAAGGUAAAUAUUACAGAAUCAAGAAAUCAUUGUAAAUCUUGAUGUUAUUGAUAGUUAGAACCUAAUUUGAAGAGUCUUUCAAUAGAUAUAAUAUUGAUAAUCAAUAGAAAAGACUUUCACAUUUCUGUUGAAGAUCUGAAAAAUACGAAAGUAUAGAAAUCAUCUUAACUUUAUUCUGUAUUUUUGGGUAUCAUAAACAUAAAAUCAGUGAUAUUUAUCAAGAGUAGGCAUUGGAAAGAUAAGAGAACAUAUAUUAUACAAAUUAUUUAAUCACAUAACACAUUAACUAUUUUACUAUAAAGAAGAUUGAAUAAGUUUAGAUCUGAAUUUUGGCUAGAAUAAUUUAUGUUAUUCUUUACUACCCUUAGCCUAGUCAAACUAAUAGUAUUCAUAUUAUGUUACCAAAUUUAAGUUAAAUGAUUGAAAAAAAAAGUUUGCUGGUUUGGCUAUUGAUUAAUUGAUUUAGGAGGUUCAAAAUCUUAAAUAAGAUUAGGUAAUCAAUCUACUAUGAUUCUUAG